AUGAAGCAUAUGGAUAGCACUAAAACGAUACUGCCAUAUAAAGAUGAAACAGAUAAAAGUGAACAACCUAGCAUUCUAUUUACACCUAGAUCAUUUAACCUCGAAUCUGAGCCACCUUAAAUGACUGAGAAAAAGUAAACUCCUUUUGAGCAACAAAUGCUCAAACCCAUGAUUUUAUAACUGUCUUAAUGCCAUGUUGAUAGUAAAGGCCAAGACAUCCUGGACCCUGAGAAUCUGAAUGAGACUCAGGUUCUUAACACCAAGAGACAGAAUCUUUAAGAUAAUUAGUCCUUGAAAAUGCAUCAAAAGUAAUCCAGAUUAAAUGAAUAAGGAUUUAAUGCAGUUCAGAACUAAAAAAAGACCAAAAAUAUUAUUAACAGUCAUAAAAUGUCUUAAGCUCACACUUAAAGCAACAGUAUGAAUUAGUCUAAUCUACAUAAUUUUUUGCUCCCAGAAAAUAUGGUUCCUUCCUAUGAUGUAAUUGAUUUGACAUAAGAUCCAAUGUAGUCUUCUUAAGAUUAUGAGAUUUCAUCAGAUGAAGAGAGGAUUGAUACCUUCAUAACUUAAGAGAAGGUGAGAGAGUCACUUUAACUUAUCAGAAAAUCUUAUCAAGAUUUGUAAGAUUUGCAAGGAAUUGAUGAAAGUGUAGUACAAGAUGAGUAAGAGGAAUUCUAAACAAAAGACAAACUUAAAAUUGUGAAUGAAAUCCCUAAUCAUAGAUCAUAGAUGGCAAUAGAAAGUAAUCAGAAUUAGAGAAUAGAGAAUGCUUACGAAUCAGUAAAUGUGAGAGACUUUGAAAUAUCUAUUUCCAACAGAGGAAAUUAAGCUCCUUUGGAAAUUAAUAAUCUAAAAACCUUGCAAUAAAGUUAAAAUAAUAGAGUGGCAAAUGAAUUAUUUAGGUUGAAGAGAUUUCCAAAUGUAGUUUACUAAUGCGAUUUAACAGAUGAAAAUGAAAAAAAUGAUAAAGUAGAGGAUUAUGAUGAGAAUUAUCAGACUAAGAUGGAAUAAUAACAGAACAAGUCACUUAUGAAUUCAGUUUAUAACAGGUUAUAUGUAAAUGCUUAAGAUCUCUAAUUCAAGCAGGAGUUUUAGAAAUAGUUCCAAAGCCAAAUUGAGAAAAUGAAGUAUAGCAACAUAAGAAAUACAAGGACGACAACUUCCUAUAGACAUAGUGCUGAUUUUGACAUUUAUAAUGAUGGCCCAAGAACCCACAGAAAAACAGCAAGCUAGUCAAGCAUUAAGAAAUUAUAUGAAGAUUAUCAACUCAGAUAGGAAAAGAGUAUUCUAGUAAUAGAAGAAGUUGAAAGAAAGAUUAGAGAAGAUAUGAAUAAAAUCAAAUCAAACAAGAAUUCUCAUAAUCUGGCAUUGCUUAAACUUGAGAAAGAUUUAACAAGCAUUCUAAAGUACAUGUCUCGAAAAGUAAUCCCAGAUGAUAAGAGCAAUCUUUUAGUUCCAUAAAUAUUUAACCCUCUGUUUUACGAGGAAAAUCAAAGAGAUUAGAAGGCAUUUUAAGAGCAUAUUUAGAGACAAAUGGAGGAACUUAAGAACAAGAGAGAGCUCACUUUGUCAAAGCGUUAGCUUUAGGAAUUUUUCGUGAUCACUGGCGUUCUUAAAUUCAUUAAUGAGAACAUUGCUGAAAAUUUGAAUAUAAAAUAACUUGAAAAAAUGAACUAUGAGAUUGAGUUUCUGGAUAAUAUCUGGGCUAUAAUCAAUAUCAAGUACGAUAGUGAAAUUUAAAAUCAAUCGCAGACUGUCGAAAUGGAAUUCAUUUUAUAGCUAUUUAAGAUAAUGUUUGAUCCUUACACUACUUUCGAAUAACAAACACACUUGAUAAUUGAAUUAAGGAAAAUUAUCAAGAAUAUAUUCCUGAAGAGCCAAAUCAAAAUUAAUGAUAAAUUAGAAGCUUAUCUUGAGAAUUAAGACGACAUUUAAAUUUUUAUCAGAUAAACUAUUGAAGAUUUUAGGGAGAUGUAUGGCAAUUUUUAUAAUAUUGCUCAUCUCUCAAAUCUAUAAUACAAUAGUAACAGAAGAUCGAUGAGUCCUACAAGAAGAUCAAACUCUAGAAAUGGUAAAAAGUAUUCACUGCUAUCAGAUGAAUAGUAAUGUGUGUUUAAACCUACAACUAACAAAAAAUCAGGUUAAAUAGAUCCUUUUUCCAAAGCUUAGUUUAUUCAGCAAAUUUUGAAUUAGCAAAAGAAUAAUUGUAAUUCAGAAGACAUUGAUGAAGAAGAGGAAAGUGUUUCAAACACCAAAUCAUAGCAUAAAAAAACAAUUAACAUUCUAAACUCAUCAAAAAUUAGUGCAACUUAGCAAGCAGACUUAAAUAUGUUAAAUUAAAUUUCUAUCUAGUAAAAUACAGAACAGCCUCUGUUUACAAUAACAGCUACAGAGGUAGCUGAGCAAACUAGGGAUCGUAUUCUCUCAGUUUUCUAGAUAACUACAAGCUAGAAGAAUAAAAACUCACCCUCUAGAUAAUAAUUACUAGCACUUGGCUUCUAGGGAUCUACUGAUGACUCUAAGUAAACUUAUAUAGAGGAUAUUACUGAUGAUCAAUCUAAAACUUAGUUUAAUCACUUACAUCAUUUUGGACAAGGUACCAGUGGAAGCUAUGACUUCAAAGCUAAACUUGAUAGAAACAUAAUACUUUACGAGCAAGGUAAAAUGCAUAAGCAAAGACACCAAAGAUUCUCUGAAAGUUUUAGAGAGGCUGAAGAAAGAAAAUAUACAUACAAGCCUGAUAUUAAUAAGAGCAAAAGCAGAAGUCCCAUUCAAUUUUAUGGCUCAGAAGAUAGUAAUGUCAAUGUUCAUGAGAGACUGCAUCAACUUUAAGUUAAGAAGGAGGAAUAGAAAAGGGAGAUGCAAUCAAUAAUGGAAAAAUCUUAGAUAGCUCAGCUAAAAUAGGAAUGUCCAUUUCAGCCAUAGAUAUCCCAAGUGGGAUAUGAUAAAGAAAAGGUGAAGUCAUAGACACCCAAGGGAUUUGAAAAAAUGAUUUAAAGAAUGAAGAAUGGAUAGGUCUUAAAAGAAUAAAAAAUUAAAGACUACAACAAUCUUGGACAAGUUAAGAAUUACUAAGGUGUUCCAACUAUUCAAACUCCAUUUGAGUUGAAGACAUAAAAAAGAGAUUAGAUGAGGCAAGCCAAGAAGAGAAAGCCUUUUAUAAUCAUUGAGAUCAUAAUAUCACCAGGUAAAAUGGCUCAUCUUCCAAUCCAUGACGGUGAUGACCCACACAUUUUAUGCCAGAAUUUCAGCAGAACUUACAACCUAGGCAAGUUGGCAAAAGAUUCUCUGCUAAAGAUAUUAACUGGUCAUCUCAAAUAACAUCAAGUGGAAAGGAUGCAAAGACAAUCAUUGCUAAAUAAAGAUCUUGAGAAUCAGUAUGGAGUUCAAGAUAAUCAAGAAAGCUCUAUCAAUAAAUAAGUUAGAAUAAAUUAUGACCUAGAAAACUUAGAACAUAGCAAAAUUAUUGAAGUAUCAGAGACCAAUGAAUCUGAUCAUACUUCAAGAGUUGGAGAUAAGGAAAAUUAUUUGUGA